AUGAACAAGGCUCUUUUAUUUUUUAUAUUUUUGUAUAGCAUAAAGACGAAUACAAUAGAAUAGAUUAAGAGUUAGAAUAUUAUUGCAAUCAAAAAUGCUGACAUCUCUGUAUUUGAUAAUUUCAGUGAACUGUAAAUCUUAGGGUUUAACAUACCUAUACACCUUGGUAAUCCUUCACAAGCUUUGACAGUCACUUUGUUUCUUUCUAGCCCAGUUAAUCAGAAAUUGGCUUAGAAUAUCAAUAUGAUUUUCAAUUCUGAAUGUUCUGUUUAAGACAUGUGUCCUUAUGCAAUGAGCAAUUUAGCGAUUGCUAAUUUAUUCUAUGAAGAAAAAAAAUCAUCGACUCUUAGGUCAAUAAUGAACGAAGGUCCAAAUAAUAGAAUAGAAAAUUAAAUCUUUAAUGGAAAUACUGUGGCUGACCAAGUUAAAUUCUCUCCAAGUGAUAUAUCAAUGGAAAUGAAUUUUGUUUCUGUCAGUCAUUUUAAUUUAUAAGAAAAACUGAAUGACGGUAUCAUAGACUUAUCUAGUAACAAUUAAAAUAACAUUUUCACUUAAGGAUAUUUAUAGAAAAAGUUAAUUACUCCAAAAUUUUCAUUCAGCUAUGAUAAAUCAGGAGUAACUGAUUUAAGAUUUAAUUAUACUGAUUAAAGCUUAGAGCAACUACCUGCUUUACCAACAUAUUCCAAAUAACUUUGGGAUUUUUAAAUGGUAGGAAUGUAUAUUGAAAACGUAAAUGUUCUGCCGUUAGCACACUUUCAGACAGUUAUCAUUUAAUUUUAUGUUAUCUCUGCUCUACCAAGAAAAGUAGUUGAAUUUCUUAACUAGGAAUAUAGCAAAUACUUUUUAAAGAGUGGAAGAUAUAAUUAACUAAUGUUAGAAUUAUGUUUAAAAGAAAUAUCGUUUGUAGACAUAGUUAUUUAUACAAAGGAAUAUAAACUUGUUAUACCUAUUAGUUAUUUUUAUUAUAAAAAUGGUGAUCAAGAAUGCAAAAUAAAUGUUUCAAAAACAAAUCUAUUAUUUGGCAUUUAAUAAAUCCAAAAUCAAAACAUAGUAUUUGACCCAUUAAAUAGCACCCUUUAGUUCCCAAAAGAGUAUUCAAUGAAGCACCUUUCUAUAUAUUUAUAUUAUCCUAUAUUUUUUAUUGGAUAGACUUAAAUAUGCCUUUUAGUUCUACUGUUUAUUAAAUUAAAUACUAAAUAUAUCUCUUUAUUGGAAGAAAAUGAUAAAAUGAAAUAAAUUUUCAAUCAAAAUAAUAAAUUAAUAGAAACACAAUAAAGCUAAGAUAAAUAAAUGGAAUCUGAUCAAUCAAAAAUAUCAGCUUAAAAAAAUUAAAUUAUUAGUGAGUUAAUGUAGUUAUAAAAAGAAAUAUGUAUAGAAAACUUUAGCAAUCUAUGUUUUUCAAGCAAGUAAAGCCAAAUAAUUAGUAACAUAGUUUGA